GUCACUUUUUCGUCCUCUUUCGUGUUCCCAAAAUUAAAUUAAAAAUCCGAAGAUCAGUAAAAUGCCUACAUCCUCGACCUGGCCGCGGACCUACCUCAACUGGAAGCGGGUGCUGUUCCUCUCGCUAAAGUGCGUCUACUUCAUGCUGGUGGUGAAGUUCAGCCAGAAGAGCCUGGAGAUGUCCGUCAAGAGCCGCCUGGCCCAGAGGCAGAGGCAAAGACUGCUUGAGGGACCGCAGAGCGGAGGAGAAGCACUCACUUGAUGGUCACAUGACGAUUCCUAUUUGUCCCAUUUGGAAAA